UGUUCGGACUAAGUGACAGACCAGUGCGAUUUCCUUGAGACAAGGCAAAGCAUUGAUCCGCGAAGGCCUGAAGGCCUGCGAUGCCCUGCUGAUCUUCUGACUCUUCUUUACGCAUGCGGAAUGCUUAGGAUUCAGUGGCCUUUGAGGACGUGUGUGUGACUUUUGCUCAGGAAGAGUGGGCUCUGCUGCGUCCUGCACAGAAGAAACUCUACAAAGAUGUGAUGUGGGAAACCGUGAGGAACCUGGCCUCUGUGGGGAGUGAAUUGGAAGACCAGGAUGUUACAAAUCAGUACAGAAUCCAAGCGGAAAAAGUAAGAAAUUAUGUGAUACAGAGACUCUAUAAAAGUAAAGAAGUUACUCAGCACGGAGAAAGCUUCAGCCUUAUUCCAAACACUGGUGUGGCCAAGAUAACUGCUGGAGGAAAACCAUAUCAUUGUAGCAUGUGUGGGAAAGGGUUCAUGCUCUCUUCAUCCCUCUGUAGGCAUGUCAGGUCUCGCCAUGGACAUGAACCUGCUGAUGGGUUUAAGUGUGGACAGAAGCAAUAUAAAUGUAAGGAAUGUGGGGCCACCUUCAGUUACCUCAAAUCCUUUCAGAGACAUGAAAGGCUUCACGCUGGAGAAAGCCCCUACAAGUGCAAGCACUGCGGAAAGGCCUUCAUCUAUUACCAGCCCUUUCAAACACACGAGCAGACUCACAUUGGGGAGAAGCUCUAUCGGUGUAACCAUUGCGGUAAAGUGCUUAGUUCUCCCGGUUCUCUUCGAAUCCAUGAAAGAAUUCACACCGGGGAGAAGCCCUAUGUGUGUGAGAAGUGUGGAAAAGCCUUCAGUUGUCCCAGUUCCAUCCAAAUCCACGAAAGAACCCACACCGGGGAGAAGCCCUAUAAAUGUAAAGAGUGCGGGAAAGCCUUCAUCUCCCGCACAAGCGUUCAAACACACAUGGUAACGCACAGCGGGGACGCGAACAAGCCUUAUAAAUGCAAGGUCUGCGGAAAGGCGUUCCUUCGGCCAUGUUUUCUUCGAGUGCACGAGCGAAUUCACACCGGGGAGAAGCCGUAUGUUUGCAAACAAUGUGGCAAAGCUUUUAGGUGUUCCACUUCGAUUCAGAUUCAUAAAAGGACCCACACUGGAGAGAAACCCUACACGUGUAAGGAGUGCGGCAAAGCUUUCAGUGCCCACUCAGCCUUUCGAGUCCACAAGCGGGUGCACACUGGAGAGAAGCCUUACAAAUGCAGAGACUGUGGGAAAGCCUUCAUCUGUCUCACGUACUGCCGCGCGCAUGAGAGAAAACACACCGGAGAGAAAUCCCACGAAUGUAAGCAGUGCGGAAAAGCCUUCGUUUCUCUUGAAAACUUUCGACGACAUGUCAAAACUCACACUGAGGAUAUACCUUAUAAAUGUAAGGAAUGUGGAAAAGCGUUCGUUUUCCUCAGCGCCCUGCGAGCACAUGAGAGGAUUCACACUGGAGAGAAGCCUUAUGAGUGUAAACAGUGUGGCAAAGCCUUUAGAUGUUCAAGUUAUGUUCAGGUACACAGGAGAAUCCACACCGGUGAGAAACCCUAUGAAUGUAAGGAGUGUGGGAAAACCUUCAUUUAUUCUACGAGCUUUCGAGGACACAUGAGAAUGCACACAGGAGAGAAACCCUACAAAUGUAAGGAGUGUGAGAAAGCCUUCAGGCUUGGCAGUUCCCUUAAAAGACAUGCAAGAACUCACAGCUGAAAGAAACGUGUUUCGCGCAUGCAUGCCUGGGAGAUGCCGUGUAUGUGUUUGCUUUGUCCACGUCCUUCAAUAGACGUGAAAAUGCACACACAGGACAGGCACCGAGUGUGAGGAAUGGGGGAAGGGAACGUUUUCAGCUUUUAAUAGUUUGUUGUGAAAUUAUCCAUUGUGGAUAAAUCUCAUGUUAUUAAGUAAUUAAUUAAUACAGGAAACUAACUGCAGUGUAAUAGGAAACUCACAUCAAAUGGGCCAGAAAACACAAAAUGUGAGGAAACAUGAACAUGGAACAUGUUCGUCAGUGCUUGGUUGUUUCUGAUGGAUCUGUAUGCUUUGGUUUGCUGCUGUAGCCCUGACUGGCCUGAAGUUCACUGUAGAUUAAACUGACCUCAGACUCAA